AUGCGGACCGACAUCGAAUGUUUGAUCGAUCUCGACUCAGUCAUCAAAUGCCCUUUCGUGGAUGCUCGCAAGGCAAAGAGAAUCGAGUUUCAAGCGGACGAGCCAAAAUCGUGGACCCCCUUUCGACUGUAUUCUGACCGCAUUGGCCACCGUUUCCCGGGUGCUCGGCUUGAACUAGUCCAACGUCUCGCUGAGGCCAACUGGAGCCGCUUCCAGAGAAUUCAGUCGGACAAGGAAAAGAACAUCUCAGAGAGUCGGAAGACGGGCAUCGAGAUGGAAGAGGGAGUCGCGUUUGAGAACGAUGCUGUCCCUGCAACUGAAAAGGGUUCGUCCUUCCACGAUUCAGGUCUUGGAACAUCGCUAGCCACUGGAAGUGCAUACGCGGAAACGACCAUGUCGUACAGGCAGGAGAGCAUCGACCACUCGAUCAAGAUCCCGCCUCUGACGCCCGAAGCCAAAAGAGGGAAGCCAUUUGAAUGUCUGGCAUGCGGAAAACAGGUAAAGAUAGCGAAUAACUCGUUGUGGAAGAAGCAUUUGUUUAACGAUCUCAAACCCUGGAUCUGCCACGAUGUUUCUUGCCGGUACGGUACUGAGCCUUUCGAAUCCCGAGAAGAUUGGAUCCAACAUCUUGCGCUGGAACAUGAACUCGCCGGCCAGUGGCAUUCUAUUGAGUGUCCUCUAUGCUUGGACUCAACGGGCCACGGCAAGGUCCGAAUUCUCAAGCAUCUGUCGAGCCACUUCGAGGAAAUCUCUUUGUCGUCUCUCCCAGCCGGCGUUGAAUCAGACUGUGACAGUGAGAGCUAUUCCGCCAGCACUAUUUCCAAGGGUUCCCGAAGCGAGAGUUUGCCAGAACCAGAUCACGCCAUUGAAGAGCAUGUGAACCGGAGCCCCUCGGAAACAGCAGAAACACAACCCCAACAAACCGGCCUACACUCAGAGUCUGGCUAUCAACUCGGCCAACAAGACAUAGAAUCUGAUGCCCCACUUCCUUAUUACCCAGGUUUUAAUGCACAUAACGGCCUGGAAACUGUUGGUCACCCACGUGGCGGAGAAGACCUCUUCGUGGAUGAGAAAACAAAGGACUAUACCCCGAAGACUGAAGAACCGUUGGCGUCCAUUCAAUCACAGCUUGGUAACUUGACGUACCUGGCGGAAUCUACUACCAGAAAUACCAAGGACGCACCAACUCGUUUGCAGCCAGCGCCUGGCAUCAAGCCCUUACCUGAGGUUGAGCUGCCAUCAAUGCAGCACUUUCCAUCUAUCGUAUACAAUUGUGAGGGGUGUGGCCGGUCGUAUGAUCAAACAAAUGAUCUGCUGUCCCACAAGCGUGACUGCGGGAUUCUACGUGUGACUAUGAUUGAACCAACGCAAGAAGAACCUUACAUCAUCAAAUGUAUCUGCGAUUUCACCGAUGACGAUGGAAAUACCAUUUAUUGCGACAAAUGCGACACGUGGCAGCAUAUCGAAUGCUUCUAUCCCGACGCCCGUGAGGAGGCUCUCAGAGAAGACUUUGAGCACUGGUGUGCUGACUGCAAGCCGAGGCCCUUGGAUCGACAGCGGGCUAUGAAUCGGGUUAAGUCGCUGCUGUCCAGCAAGACGGGGUCCGGCUUGAGAGCCGAGGAGCCUCCCGCUUCCAGAAUGCAUAGGCAGGGUGAAGAAGUCGAAGUCGAUUCAGCCGAAUCGCCUUCGGUCCAGAGGCUGACGCCGUUCAUCUUCCAGUGUGACGAGUGCGGAGUGUCGUUUGAUCAAGUCCACAAGCUCAAGUACGUUCUUCAUACCCCUGAGAUUGCUACAAAAUGCUGA